AUGCUCAUCAAUCCCGGAUCUGAACUCACUUUUGCUUCCGGGCAACUUAUCAAAACUCUCCAGAUACCUCGACGGCACGCCUCUAUCCCUAUCAUCGGUAUUAGAGGAUCUCAGUCGGAGCGAACUCGGGGUGUCGUCCCCCUCACCCUUCACUCAAUUUACUCUUCGCAAUCCGUCAAUGUUACUGCCUACAUCCUCAAGAAUCUAACAUCACUCCCGUCCAUGGCGACAGCAGAAUAUAGUUGGCCUCACCUUCACGAGCUCCAGCUGGCGGAUCCGGAUUUCCUCACCCCCGGACCUAUAGACUUAAUCCUCGGUGCCGACUCCUACGGGCUGUUCAUCCAGCCCGACAUCAUCAAAAGGUAUGAGGAGGAGCCCAUCGCUCAACGCACUAUUUUCGGAUGGAUUGUUCUCGGCCCGACCUCGGCACCAACUGCUUCAGUUCAUAGUUCUCAUCAUGUCGCAGUGGAUCAUGAGCUUCACGACCUCCUCACGAAGUUCUGGAUACAAAAAGAGGUCCCCGCAUUCUCCACCACUCAGCUCAACCCUGACGAAGAGGAGUGUGAGACUCAAUUCAAGGCCACUCUUUCGCGAGAUCGUGCGGGGCGUUAUGUCGUACGGCUCGCUCUCAAAUUACAGGCAAGUCAACUAGGGGAGUCACGGUCAACUGCCCAACGUUGCUUGCAACGAACGCUACGGCGCCUCUCAACGGAUCCGAUCUAUCAGAAUCUGUACUCAUCAUUCAUUCUGGAGUACGAAGAGCUUCAGCACAUGAUCAGGGUUCCCCCUUCCUCUCCAGAACUAUCACCGGUGUUCUACCUCCCUCACCAUGGAGUCCUCAAAGAUGACAGUAUUACCACAAAACUACGAGUGGUGUUUAACGGAUCCAGCCUCACCAGUACGGGAUCUUCUCUCAACGAUAUUCUGCCCACGGGUGCAAAACUCCAACCAGACAUCUCAGAUAUCUUACUCUGGGUGCGACGACACCGGUACAUCUUUAUCACUGAUAUCACCAAGAUGUUCCGCCAAAUUCAAGUUCAUCCGGACAAUUGGGAUCUUCAACGGAUCCUCUGGGUAGACGAUCAGCUCAACAUCAUUCCGUAUCAACUCACGACUGGCAGGUAUGUGGACGACAUCUGUGGUGGCGCUGACACUCUCCCGGAGCUGACCUCUAUCGCUCACCAACUGGUGAACCUCUGCAAGGCGGGUGGCUUUCCUCUGGCGAAGUGGCAGAGCAAUCAUCCGGAGCUACUCCAGGCUCUCCCGAUGGACGUCACUGCAGUAGAGCCUAACUCGUUUGACAACACUCAGGGCAAGAUUUUGGGACUCAUCUGGCAACCUCAUUCGGAUCAGUUCGUCUUCUCGAGCAAGGCUUUCAACCGGCCCGUCAUCACCAAACAGAUUAUACUCUCAGAAGUAGCGCAACUAUUUGAUCCUCUGGGAUUCUUAUCUCCGGUAAUCAUCAGAGCGAAGACGCUCCUCCAGGAACUGUGGCUAGAAAAGGUCGGCUGGGAUGACUGCCUCUCGCCGCAACUUCGACAUCGGUGGACGCACUUCCGUUCAGAGCUGUCUGACCUGACUUCCAUCACGAUUCCUCUGUGGAUGUCUCUCACGCCGUCAGCCAUGGUCGAGCUUCAUGGAUUCUCGGAUGCUUCGCAACUCGCCAUGGCGGCUGCGGUUUAUAUCAAGGUCAUUCCUCACACAACAGAGCCAAUCAUCACACUGGUGUGCGCCAAAACCAAGGUCGCACCUCUCAAAAGGCUCACCAUUUCCCGGCUGGAACUCAUGGCAGCGGUUCUACUCUCUCGUCUCAUCAGCUAUGUUCAACGAACCCUAGAACUCGCGGAGAUACCAAUCUACUUGUGGACGGACUCUUCGCACAGUCUCCUCAACAUUGGCCAAGCAUGGUAUCAGCCAGAUUCGGCGGCGACUCUUGAGGAACGGCCCGGUCUUCUUCUCACCUCCUCAACGGUAAAGCAACACCACCUCUGGGAACUCCUCUAUCGUUACUCAUCACUCAUACGGCUUCUUCAGAUCACUGCUCAAUGUCAACGAUGUUGCGCGAUCCUCAAAGGUAUACCACAGUUCUCUCUGGCCACACCCCUCACACCUGCAGACCUCGAAGGUUCAUAUUGGAUUCGGUCAGUUCAAUCGGCUUACUUCUCAUCGGAACUGACAAUCAUUUCAAGCGGAGCACACUUGACAAGAUCUCAUCCUCUCGCCAAGUUUACGGCCUUCAUCGAUCAUUCGGGCAUCCUCAGAGUCGGAGGCCGAUUCAGGCAUUCUCAAUUGGACCCUGAAUAUACAUCUCUUAAGCGGUUAUUUAACGCCGGAUCAAAAGAAUUCUCGGAGCUCGCUCAGCUACUAACCCAUGACGGCACCACUUGGGUCUUCAAUCCUCCGGCAGCCCCCCACUUCGGCGGUAAAUGGGAGGCCGCAGUCAAAUCGGUCAAGCAUCACCUACGACGGACUAUAGGCGAGACUGCCCUAACCUAUAAAAAACUUACAACUCUUCUAGUCCAAAUCGAGGCAAUCCUCAACUCCAGACCAUUGUGCCCACUUUCAGACGACCCGGAAGACCUGGCAGCCCUCACCCCCGGGCAUUUCAUCAUCGGGGCAGCGCCAACUACAAUUCCUGAGCCAUCUCUCUCCUCAGUGCCCCUCACAAGGGUAUCUCGGUGGCAGCUCAUUCAGCAGCAAUUCCAGCAUUUCUGGUCGCGUUGGUCAGUUGAAUGUCUUCAACGUCAGCUUGCGAUAUCGAAAUGGCAUCAUCCUUCCACGCAAAUCAAGGUCGGCUCUCUUGUACUUCUCACGGAUGAGAGAUUUUCUCCAUCAAAAUGGCCUCUUGCUCGGGUCACACGACUUCAUCUUAGUUCGGACGGUCUCUGCAGAGUGGUCACCCUCAAGACGGCUAUCACAGAACUCAAGCGGCCUAUCACCAAGUUGGCAGUGCUUCCGAUGACACAAGAUCAACCCUCACCCACUGAGCAGUCGGCAACAGAUCCGGCCUCACCAUCACCAAUUUCUUUGAGCUGA